AUGAAGAGGAAACCUUCAUACAUUCCACAUGAGACUUUUACCUUUCUUGAGAACAGUCCACGACAAAUCACCAGACCAAGAAAUCAUUCAGGGACCACAUACGCAAAUUUUCCAAAAAGGAAUGCAGAUUGUCCAGUGUACUUAGGAAAUGCUAAUGGCAGACCAGAGAUGUACACUCAGGAAAAUGAUGUUCUGCAAAGAAAUACAAACCCAUCGAAUAGGUGCAAGCCAAGAAGACCUGCACUUAAGGACAUUUCAAAUGUUGCAACAAAUUUGGAAACUGAAUUCCAGAACUAUACUAGGCCUGGAGAACUUGAGUUCAGGAACAGUGUAGUUAGGCGAAGAAGCAGUAGAUUAGUAGCAUUUGAGAAUCUCAAUCAACGUAAUGAAGGCCUUGUACUAACAGAGGAUACUGUAGAUGUUGUUGCAGAAAAUGCUGAGGCACGGUAUAGGAAUCUAAGCUUUUGUUUUGACGGACCUUGUGACAUUGGCAGUGAAGUUAGUAUAGAUGAGUAUGAUAAUGGUGAUCAAACUUCAAAUACCUUAACAUUCAUUGAACCUGACCAUACAUCUAUGAAGGCGUACAAUGGUAAAGCCACACAAGUUGCAGGAUAUGUUGAUAUAGGGGAUCCUACAUUUAAAUGCCAAAGAUGUGGUGCACUAAUGUGGUUCAAUGAGAAAGUUGGAUCAAACAAGUAUGCUAGAAACCCAUCAUUCUCAAUGUACUGUCUUAAAGGAAAAGUUCAGCUUCCUCCUCUAGAUCAGUUUGUAAGAUUAUUUUUUGACAAGAAGACACCAUCUUCAAGAAACUUCCUCACAAAUAUAAGAACUUAUAACAAUAUGUUCUCCUUUACUUCUAUGGGUGGUAAAAUUGAUUACUCAAAGAACUCUGGUGGUGGUCCCUAUUCAUUUGUUUUGUCUGGCAUUAACUACCAUAGGAUUGGAAGUUUAUUACCUCCUAAAGGAUCAAAGCUGUUUACUCCCAACUGUACAUAUAUGAUACUGACAAUGAAGUAUGCAACCGUAUAUCUGCUCAAGCAUAUGAAAGAAUCAGCCAUUGAUAAUAAUAUUGUUGAUCAUAUCAAGAAAACCCUUGAUGAUGCCAACCUUUUAAGAGAUGUUAUAGUUCACAAGUUGUCAGGCUUGCCACAACGUAUUGAUGAAUUGCAUCCUUUCUAUCUUCCACUCCAAUACCCAAUAUUGUUUCCUAGAGGUGAGGAUGGUUAUCGUGACAAUAUAGAACAUCGUGAAGAGACUCUUUCUAAUACUAAGAAGAAAAGGCGGGUUAGUAUUAGAGAAAGCUCAAAGUUAUUAUGGGUCAGAACGCACCAGAAGGAACUUAGGGCAGAUUUGUAUCAGGGAUUGACAGAUGCGCUAUUAACUGGGAGAAAGAAGUCAUCGUCCAGGGGGAAGCGUUAUAAUCUUCCAUCUUCCUUCACUGGAGGGGCACGAUAUAUGGUUGGCAACUAUAAAGAUGCAAUGGCUAUUUGUAGAUGGGCAGGCCGGAUAUUGUGUAGGGUUUUCCAUAUAAAGCUUAAGGCUCUUAUGGAUACAAUCAAGAAGAAGAAGAUAUUUGGUACUGUUAUUGCAGACGUUCAUACGAUUGAAUUCCAAAAAAGAGGACUUCCACAUGCACACAUUUUGUUGUUCCUAGAUCAACGUGAUCAACCUAAAUAUCCGGAGGAUGUGGAUAGGGUAAUCUCUGCAGAAAUACCUAACUUGGAUGAAGAACCACAGUUGUAUGACUUAGUUAAGAGGAGGAGAGAUGAUGGGAGGACAAUUGAAGUCAAAGGCAUUCCUCUGGAUAACCGGUUUAUUGUGCCUUAUAACCCCACAUUGUUAUCUAUGUUUGAAGCUCAUAUUAAUGUUGAGAAGUGUAACCAGUCAUCUGCAAUCAAGCGGCCGAUUGAUGAGAUUCAACAGUAUUACAACUUUAGGUAUAUCUCAGCUUGUGAGGCAGCUUGGCGCAUAUUUGCCUUUGAUAUACACCACAGGUAUCCGGCUGUUGAAAGGUUAAGCUUCCAUUUACCUAACCAACAAUGUGUUGUUUAUUCUAAUGCUGAUGAUAUUGAGGACCUACUUAAUAAGCGCCGUGUCUGUGAGUCAAUGUUCCUUACUUGGAUGAAAAUGAAUCAUGAUAAUGAUUUAGCUAAAACUCUUACUUAUUCUGAGUUUCCACAAUAUUUUGUCUACCAAAGAAGCAAACGAUGUUGGAAAAUUAGACAGAAGGGAUUUGCCAUAGGAAGGAUUACUCAUGUGUCUCCUUCAUCUGGUGAACUUUACUAUCUACGAAUCCUCUUAACUAAGGUUAGAGGUCCUUCAUCAUUUGAAAAGAUUAGAACAGUGGAUGGUGUUGUGCAUUCCACUUUUAGAGCUACGUGCUUUGCUCUUGGAUUAUUACACGAUGAUAGUGAAUACAUAAAUGCCAUUAAGGAGGCGUCAGUUUGGGCAUCUGGGAGAUCAUUACGAAAGAU